GUCAAUAGAACGCUUGUUCCUGCCGCUGGGUGCUGUGUGAGGACUCCGACUGUGCUCUGGCCCCGGAGUUGGACGCUGCAGACGCAUUCAGGGACUGCCACUGUUGAGUCUGUGGGAAUAUGAAUCAGCAGCAGCAGAGAAUGGCUGCAGUUGGGACAGACAAAGAGCUCAGUGACCUGCUGGACUUCAGUAUGAUGUUUCCCCUGCCAGUGGCUAAUGGAAAAAACAGACCCACGACCCUUGCAAGCACUCAGUUUGGAGGAUCAGGCUUGGAUGAAAGACCGGGAUCAGGUUCCUGGGGAACGGCAGAUCAAAACAGCUCCACGUUUGACCAAGGAAGGCAGAGCUAUGGCGAAGGCCCCCACUACGGUGAGCACCGGGAGCUGCCAUCCCACAACAGCAUCUCCUCGUCACCAUUCCUGGGAGCUGGACUCGUGGGGAAGAGCAGUGAAAGAGCCUCAUACUCCACGUUUGGAAGAGACACAGGGAUGCCAGGACUAAACCAGCCUGGUUUCCUGCCCAGCGAGAUGGGAAUCGCCAGCCCGAGCACGCUUUCCCCCACUGGGGGCAAAGGGGGGUCUCAGUAUUUUUCUUACCCCAACAAUCCUCGCAGGAGAGGUGCUGAGAGCAGCAUAGAUGGACAGCCCAAAAAGGUUCGGAAGGUGCCUCCUGGACUCCCCUCCUCGGUGUAUCCAUCCAACUCAGGUGAUGACUACAGCAGGGAUCCAGCUGGAUAUACUCCCUCGAAACCUCCCAGCACUGUGUAUCCUGGAGCCUUUUACAUGACAGAUGGACUCCAUAACUCGCCAGACCUGUGGAGUUCCCCGGGUGCCAUGAGCCAGUCCAGUUACGGUGCCAUGCUGGGCAGCUCCUCGUCCCCGCUCCCGCAGUCCAGUGGCUUCAAUAGUUUACAUCAGCAUGAACGCAUGAACUACCAGCUGCAUUCAGGAGAGGUGAAUGGUGGACUCCCCUCGGUGUCCGGCUUCUCCUCGGCCUCCACAGCGUACGGAGUGUCCAGUCACACCCCCCCGAUCAGCGGCACGGACAACAUGAUGGGUAACAGAGGAACCACAGCCGGGAGCUCUGGAGACGCGCUUGGGAAGGCUCUGGCCUCGAUUUACUCCCCCGACCACUCUAGCAAUAACUUCUCCUCCAACCCCUCCACCCCGGUCGGGUCCCCACAGGGCCUUGCAGGCUCGUCGCAGUGGCCGCGGGCGGGUGGAGCGGGUGCCUUAUCUCCCAGCUACGAAGGGAGCCUCCACACUUUGCAAAACAAAAUGGAAGACAGGUUGGAUGAAGCCAUCCACGUGCUGAGGAACCACGCUGUGGGCCAGACCUCUGCCAUGCCCAGCAACCACGGGGACAUGCACGGGCUGCUGGGCUCAGCACCAGCACACAGUGCCACUGUGGGCAGCCUGGGCCAGGCCUUCCCUGCCUCAGUCAUGGCCCUGGGGAACAGGCACCCCAGUCUGGUGGGAGGAGGCCACCCUGAAGAUGGGUUGUCCAGCAACCCCAGCUUGCUCCACAACCAUGUCACUCUUCCAUCACAGCCCAGCUCACUCCCAGACCUCAGCAGGCAGCAGGACACGUACAGUGGCUUGUCCGGGGGGCUGGGGCGCAGCAGCGUCUCCUCAGGAACGAGCGAAAUAAAGAGGGAAGAGAAGGAGGAUGAAGAGAACACGUCAGUGGCAGAUAACUCAGAAGAGGAGAAGAAGGAGCUGAAACCCUCCCGGAACAGAACAAGUCAAGAUGAGGAUGAGGAGGACGAUCUUCUUCCCCCAGAGCAAAAAGCCGAGAGAGAGAGAGAAAGGAGGGUCGCCAAUAAUGCCCGUGAGCGCCUGCGGGUUCGUGACAUCAACGAGGCCUUUAAAGAGCUCGGACGCAUGUGCCAACUGCACCUAAACAGCGAAAAACCGCAGACCAAACUGCUAAUCCUACACCAGGCCGUAUCAGUCAUACUGAACCUGGAGCAACAAGUUAGAGAGCGCAAUCUGAACCCAAAAGCGGCCUGCUUGAAGCGUCGGGAAGAGGAGAAAGUGUCCGGAGUGGUAGGAGACCCCCAGAUGACACUGUCAGCUUCACAUCCUGGUCUAGGAGACGGUCACAACCCUGUUGGACACAUGUAAAGAUCUUUUUGUUCCUCUGGAUACGGAGAUGUGUAGGAAGAAAACCCUCGGUGUGACCUGCAACCCUGUUGAACCAUAAACUGUAGUACUGCUCAUACUGACACACACAGACGGAUCCUGGUGUGACGUAAGGGGUGGAAAAAACACUUUGUCAGAAACAAAACGGAAACAAAAAAUUGCCUUAAGUAUAAAGUGCAGAACAGUCAAUACAUAUCACUCAGUUAGGAGGGGGUGGCGUGUUCUCUUGGCUUGUUCACAAGCAGCCAGCAGCAAAAUUGUGCCUAAGCUUGAUAUUUCUUUUUUAAAAAAAAAGAACAUUAGUUAUGAGAUUUUUUUAUGUAGAACAAAUAGCAAUGCCUUUUGGUUUUUUUAGCUUCUUUUGCAUAUGUUUUGUAAGCAAUGAAAAUUUUUUUUUUUGUAUAAAAACAUGUCUUGUACCCUCCGCUUUUCUGCUGCUGUUUCUAUAGUUAAUGUUGCAUCUUUAGGAUCAACCAGAAUAUUAAAAUUGUAUUAAGAGAGACUGGAUAUAAAGAGAGGAAUUCUCAGAUUCGGCUCGGAAAGCCACUAAAAGCGAAUGUAGCCACAGUGAGGGAAUGUUCUUCCUUGCCUGGCUUGUACCUUCCAUGACAAAAAACAAACAAACUCAUGUGCUGAAUUCACCGUCUCUUUGCUUCGGCCACUUCUGAUUUGGGAAAAGGAAGUUAAACAGCAAAGCGAGUGGCAGCAGUGCUCCCGCUCCCCCCGGGCCAUGACCCAGCUGCUCGGCAAGGUUUGCUUUGUCCCCGGAGAUCCCGAGACCCCACGGCUCCAUGUGGGAGAGGACACGGCUGUUCCAGAGCGUCACCGUGGGGAGGAUGAGCUGCUGGGAGAGAGCAGGCCCCGGGUGCAGGAGAACCAAGGGACUGAGGUGCUUCCAGGUGAGCAGAGCAGCCAGGGAUGCACGAGGGAAGUGCCUCUUCCCACAUGCCAGAGCUGCCGGAGACACUUCCAGGAGCAGCAUUGAACAAAGACCAACUGAACAAAGCUGGAGCACUGGGAAGAGCUGGAGGCAGCCGAAGCACGGCAGCAGCAGUGGGAUACAGGGCCAGGAAGCUGGGCAGCAGCAGACCUGAGGAUGCUGGAGGCAGGAAAGGAGCAGUGAUCUGGCUCACUCCAGCCUCGGCAAAGCCAUGACCAGCAGCAGGAUCCCUUCUUGUAUUGGAAAUGCAAAAUGCUGGCUCGGGAAGAAGGGUGGCUUCACACCCUGCUGUCACUGCUGUCACAUCUCCCAGGCAUCCUUGGAGGCAAACUGAGCUCAGCACUGUGCCAUGGGACAAGAGCAGGCACCGUCACCUGCACCUGGUCACCUGGGCUCCUCUCUUGGCACUGGGAAGGAGGGCAGCAGGAGUGCCCAUCCUGCACCAUGUGCUCCAAGGGCAGCCAUCCCUUCACUCCAAGGGAUUCCCAGUCACUCCAGACCACUCUGGUGUGCUCAGCAGGAAGAGAAUCCCUGGCAGCCCCUCUGGCUCCAGAGGUGUGGAGCAAACAGAGGUGCUGGGCAGUGCUGAGCUGCAGCAGCUGGUCUGGAGAUGGCCAUGGAAAAAUGUUCACCAGGAAUUUACUCUUGGUUCUUCCCUCUUCUUCCCCUUCUGAAACAUUUUGUGCCUGGCUCCUCUCCGCUCCACAGAGCCCAGUCAGGCAGGGUGGCACACGGGACGUGGGUGCUGGUCUGGGGGGAUGUGGGGAACUCCCCUCUCCCCUGCAGGGUCCAUCUCUCCCGUGCUGCUCCAGCCUGGGCUCCUGGGGAAGCUGUGUUGCUUUGGCAUGGGGAAAGGGAGGGACUGGCAAACAGGAUUAGAUCCUGUGGCACUUCCCAGCAGCCCCAGGCUUUGCCAUAACCUGCUGUUCCUCCAUGCUCACAGCUGUGCUUCGUGCUCUGGCAAACCUUGCUGGAAGUGCUCAGGGCAGUGCUUAUCUCCCACCCACACCUGGGCACCAUGGCCCUCAUUCCCUGUGACAGCUCCAAGCUGAGCCACUCUAAGUGCCAGGGCAGGAUGGGACUGUCCCUGCUGCCCCUGCUCCUGCCCUGGGGCUCCCCAACAUCCAACCACCGCUCUGAAGCUUUUGGGUGCUCCUGGCUUUCCCCAGCUUGCUGCUUCCACCAUUCCUUCUGCAUGGUGAGAGCUCAGCAGCCCCAGCUCUCUCCCUGGGAAGGCCAGGAAAGCUCAGUGGUUCCAGUAACCCAGGUUCUUGCCUGUGUCAACAGACACAUUUUAGCCUAAUCAGCUCAUCAGGUUUUGACACUACCCUCCCUUGGGUUCUUCUGGCUGCUGAAGCAGUUGGCAGGGAGGGGGAAGAGGUUUUCCUCCAUGUGUGACAGCCUUGACUCCUAUUCAUGCUCUGGAGGGCAAACUGGAAGGCUCAGCAUCUGCUUUUUGUUUACUUCAUGAGAGUUCCUGCUCCAUUAGUGAGACAGUGCUGGGGCUGCAAAGUACCCACUGCUCAGGGGUUUUGGCUGGCUCAGUGCCCCUGUCCCAGGGCCAGGAGGGAUGGAGCAGUGUCCCAGCCCUGGAAAGCUUGAAACCCUACAAAAAAUAAAAGUGCUUCACAGACCUUUUGAAUUUGCCCCAAGAAUUGGAGGUGGCAGUCAUGGACAACGGGACUUAAAGGGACUAGCCAAGAAAAAUCCAUAAAUUCAACAAAAUUGGAAAUCUGAGAAGAUGUAUGAGUUGUUCACAAAUUUGCUGAACUUCAUCCCCUCUGAGUCCUGCAGGCCAGGGGGGAAUCCCAAUGAGCCAGAACCUUUCUCAUCAUCCCUGAAUCCCCAGGCAUUGCAACAAAAAUGGGGCUUUUAAGCGGCAUUUUGGUGACUUAAGAUGUUACUUUGACAGCAAAUCCAGCCAACUUCCUUCCAUGGCAAGGCUUGGGUGAAGAUCCUUGAGCAUAAGCCCUCGGAGCCAGGGUUUGGAGAGAUCAUCUCAAAAGCACAAUGUAGGGGGUGGCAGUGCUGUCCCUGGAGCUGCCUCGAUGGCAGCCCGGUGGCCUCAGUGGCAUCUCUGCUUUCCAGGUGCUCAGGGAACAAUUGGGAAGAGCAGCAAGGAAAAAUUCCUUUGUCUUGCCAGUGUGUUUGGCUCAGUGUGAACAUGGUGCCUGUAACCUGCCAGGGGAAGUGGCUUUUCUAAAAACAACGACUGCCAGGUGCUUUCCCCAAAAUACCACCAGCCCAGCCCCGAAAUGUCACCCUGUAGCAAUGAAACUCUUGUCUUUAGCUGUUGUGAUCAGCGAGGGCCAGGCCUGCACUCUCCCCAGCCCACAGCCCUGCUCCAUUCCACUUAGGAUCUUACAGAUCCCCAGACCUGCUCCUCUGCCUGGCUGCGUGUCCCCCCCAGCAGUGGUGCUGCCAGGAGAGGUGUCACGGGUGGGUGACAUGCUGUGCAGUGCCAUUUAUUCCGUUUUCUCCUUCCUCUCUUAGCCUUUGCUUGCAUGGCUGCUCCUGGGGACGUGUGCCCUCCUCUUUGGGGGCCACUGAGCCCUGCCAAAGCUUCCUUCAUCAGACAGAGGGACUAUCUUCCCUUCUGUGCAGCUUCUAGUUCCUCUUUCCCCAGGCUGCAUCUCCCAGUGAAGCAGCACAACUGGGACACGGCCAUGGGACAUUUCUUGUGUCCCCAGCCCAGGAGCCCCCUCUUGCCUCGCUCAGCCAGCCCUCUGCCUCCCUGCACACAAGUUGUGCAUGCCACAGUACUGAGGAGUGUCUGGAGUCCAGUCUGUGAACAGUAAAAUUGCAGAUUUUUGUUUUCUCCCUUUUCACCUGCUUUUUCCCCAGAGCAAAGCAGCUGCAGCCUCCUAUGUGUUGGUGCUCAGGCAGUGGUGGCAGCCUGGCUGCUCAAGCUCACAGCCCCAGGGAGCAGAAUUCCAGCUGUUUGGCAUGUUUGGCUGUCUGCCUGUGAGCCCUCGGCAGAUCUACUCACAGCCCCAGCCAGCUCAGGACUGUCUGCUCCCCUGCUUUCACACACAGAGGUGUGCUGGCAGCAAGGAUGGAAUCAAGCUGUGGUUUCCUCAGAGUCAGUGCAGAAACUGCUCUCCAAGGUCCUUUGUGUCUCACCAGUGUCCCUACUGAAGCCAGCAGAGCCUUUGGGCACUUGCUGGGUGGUUCCAGUUGUGGGGACUUGAGAAACAGGGGCUUUGGAACCCCCCCAAUCCCCUACCCCCCUUGAGCUUUGCUGCCAACUUUGGGGCCAGUGGAACCCGAGUUCCUCUUGCAGGCCCUGCUGUGCUACAGUGGGGAGCCUGGGCCAGCUCCAGUUCAUCCCUGGGCUUUGGGAGGUGAAACAAAACUCGGGAUGGAGCUGAGCCUUCAGCCCCCACCUGCAGUGCUGGCUAACCCAGAGCAAGCCCUGGCCACUGGACUCUCCCAUUCCUGCCCAACACCAGCAAUAGCAAGGCCUGAUUUCUGUACCCCGAGCUUGCACAAGGUCUUUGCCCUGUUAAAAAUCCUAUGCAAAUCUUAUCCCUCUCCCCUUUCCCAGGGCUCUGCAGAUCCCAGCCCAGCCCAUUCUCUGCUCUUUUCUGAGAUUGCUCCUGAGUUCAUGCUCCCCUGCUGCCCUCAGGGUCCAGCUUCAUUCCUGGCAGAUCCAAAAGCAUUUGGAGACCUGUGCCCUGGAGCUGGGAGGGGGCAGAUGAGACUGUAGGAACACCCAGCUCAUACUGAGAACUGAACUGGAGGGGACAAGGCCUGGUCCUGGGGCUCCUCCACACACCCUUCACCCUCCUGUGCCUUCUGCUCAAUGCUGGUGGGGCACUGCCAGCAUCCUUCAUCCCCCCGGCCCCCCAAAAGGAGAAGCUCAGUUCCACCUUGUUGGUGCCCAGACUGCCCUGUUCUAACACCUGAGCCUCAGGCUUGCCUGGGGCUGCUCUUCCUUCAGCUGCCCCAAGCCUGAAGGGGUGUUUCCCCUCCUCCCACGAUCCCCAAUCUCUCCAGCCAGCACCUCUGAGCUGUUGCCCUUUGCAGAGGGGCAGCCCAUGCCAGCAGCUGCCCAUCAGCUGGGGUGCAGGCAGGAGGAUUUGGGGGGUGGGUGCUGCCGCUGUCCCACAGCACGGCUGCCUCUCCCUGUCCUUGGGGGCAGGUGUUGGGGGACCUGGUGCUCUGUACUUUGAUUUCCAGGACAGUUCAGCCCUUUUGGGGAGCCAGCACUGCUGUGCCUUGGCCUGCAGGACUCCCAGGGGGAGGUGGGCUCUGGUUAGGAGGGUGCAGGCUCCACGUGAGCUUCUGCCAAACCUUGUGUGUCCAUCUGCAGCCCUGCUCCAGGCCAAGGGCAGUCCUGUCGUGGGUCUCCACAUCGGUAUCUGUGUCCCCCUGGUUUUGUACCCCUCUUGCUCCUCAGGGCUCUCCAUUCCCACCCUGGCCCAGACAAGCCCCUGCCAUGGUGGAGUGGGCUGUAACACACCCUGGGACAGCUCAGCACGGCUGCAGCACCAGCUCAGGAGAGCAAAGGGGUUUCUGCUCCCCAAGGGGGUGUUCUGGUACCAAGGCCUUUUGCCAAAGAGCAUCCCCUGUGUCCCUGGGCUGAGCCUGGGGGAGCCGUGGAGCUCCGGGAGCAGCGAGCUGGGGACACUGCGGGUCUCCCUUCCCGGGGCCACGUCUUCCCAAGUCACUUGAUCCCACCAGCUUUUGAGCAAACCUUGUGGCAUGGAGCCACUCAGGAGGGAAGGAGCCAUGGGAAACCACACACCAGCCACUGUUCGUGUGCCAGGAGAGGGGAAAGAGGCACCUGGUGAGGCAGGACAGGGAAGAUCCCAACCCCACGCGUGGGAAUGACCCGUUGGGUGCCGAGGCCUCCAGCUCUCUGGGGAAACAAAGCAUUCCUGGGAUGUUCUUUCUCUAUAUUUUUGUAGGAAUGGGGGGUGGGAGAGCAGAUGGGAGAUGCCUGCGGAAGUUGUUUAUUUUUAACCCUGUAGAAAGUUUUGGGUUGUUUUUGGUUUUUGGCCUUUAAAAUAAAAAAUGGUCCUUGCUUUUGAUGUUUAUGCUGCCUACCUGUAAAUCCAGAUGUACUUAAGUGGCUGAAAUCCUUGUUCUUAAAUCAGAUACACAUUAUAGUUUUGAACUAUAUAUAUAGUAAAUAUAUAUAUAUAUAUGCCUAACCCAGCAAAAAAAAAAAAUAAAUAAAGUAUUUGGGGGUGGGAAAUGCGUUGCUCUUUGAAAUGAAUCACAAUUGGGGGAUGAAAUUGUGUUUCUGAGUGCCUCAAGAUAUGAAUUGUUUUCCUUUUUUUAAAUAAUUUUAUACAAGUGUCAAAACAGCUGGCUGGAUUAUUUGGAAUUUUUAAAUAAUCCUAACUUUUUUAAAGUAGAUUUUGAGAACUGUCCUGUAUAUAACAGUAAUGUAGCAAUAAAUGUGACAUUUUAUAACAAUA